UUGCAUGUUUUUUCUGUUGGGAUCCUUAGUGGAGGAAACCCCUUGUGAACACGGGGAGAACACGCAAACUCCACACAGAAAGGCCCGGGAGAUAGCCCAUCUGUGCACUGUGAUAUAUGAAUUCAUAGCAAAUGACCAUUCAUGUAUCACAAAUAAGUAUUUUUUCAUCAACAUCUUAUUAGUGGUAGGAAUAUUGUUGUUGGUGUUUUUUGAUAAAACAGUAAUCCUUGAUUUUUGGGAUGUUUCUUUUUUUUUUUACUUUUAUUAGAACAAUUUCCUUGACACUGAGUCUCACACAGCAUGUCAUACAAUGUUACAAGUUUUUGGGAUGUUUUUAACGAAUAUUAAGUAGAGUUAUGAUUGUAUUUAGUGAAAAUUUAGUCAGAUCAUGUGCCAACAGAUUAAUCUGGACACUGAUUUUAUUUAUUUAUUUGACAAAUUAGUGAUGUUACAUGGUUCCAGAGAAAUUUACAAGAAAAUAAUAGUUUGUCUUUGAAGACUGCUUUCAUGAUUAUUGUUAUUAUUAUUAUUAUUACUAUGAUUAUUAUUAUUAUAAGUAUUGCAUAAUUAGGAUGUCUUCAGAAAAUGUAAUUUCGCCAAACUAUGUAUAACUUUCAAAGAUGGUAUCAACCCAACCUGCCCACUUUCCCCUUUCCAUGCAGUUGCCUCCUGUUUUCACAACAGAACAAACUACGGAUUUUAAUUCCAUCUAAAGCCAUUCACAGUUCAGUCACAUGUAAUUCCUUUGGGUCUUUUGUGAGGGGGAUGGUUGUUGUUCUGAGAAAGAGCUAUUCUAGCCACGUUAGGAGGGGAGGGUAAUGCGAGAUUAGCUGAAAAAAAGAGAAGUUGCUCCAAACAAACUCUGAGAACUCAAAUAUUCUGUAUGAUAAAAGUGACAUUCCUUUUCAUCUCAUCCAAGGUUUCUUCUCGUUACUAGGGGCAGUGGACAUUCGUUGUUACAUCUUGUGAUUAGGAGGUCUUUAGACACUUCAUGAAAAGGCUCAUGCCGUGCUGGGCACAGUCCGGCUAGAGUUAGAGUGAGAUAUCAGUCAGGGGGUUGGGAGCGUGUCUAUAGUGAACAUUCUAACGUGGUUCUCCUCCUCCUUGGCAGGGACUCUCCUCUCAAGCAUUAUCAGCAUAAUGGGAGACUAUGAUGAUGACACAGCUUUCCUGGGACUGAGAGGGCCAUUCUUUGUCAUUACCUUCCUGCUCCUCAACGCCAUCUGCAUCUCCACGGGCUUCGCUGGUCUCUACUUUGUGUUUGUGGGGGCCACGCCACCCCACCACUGCCUGGUUCCUGAGGGGAACCUGAGUGAGGCAUGGAGGGCAGCCAUCAUUCCGUCCCAGGUGGUGGACGGGCAGGCGGAGCAGAGCAUGUGCAGCAGGUACAGGCUGGAUGUGGUGAAGAACUACUCUGCUCAUGGCCAAGGCCCUGGUGUUGAUGUCAACGUCACAGACAUCGAGCAGGAGCCAUGUGUGGAUGGAUGGAUCUACAGUACAGAUAUCUACCAGUCCACCAUUGUUACUGAGUGGGAUCUUGUAUGUGAUAAUGAAUGGAAAACUCCUCUCGCUUCCUCAACUUUAUUCAUCGGGUUUCUGAUAGGAUCCCUUAUCUCUGGUCAACUAUCAGACAGGUUUGGGAGGAAGAAAAUAGUUUUUCUUUCUCUGACAGGUCAAGUCCUCAGUAUGCUCAUUCAGUCAUUCUCUCCAUCGUGGCUGGUUUUUUGCCUCAUCUACGUCUUAGUGGGGGCUUUCCAAAUCUCUCUGUAUAUCACUACAUUUGUUCUGGGCACAGAAGUGUUAAGUAAAUCGUUGCGUGUGAUCUUCACCACUCUCGGGGUCUUUCUCCACUCCUGCAUUGGAUACAUGCUGCUGCCUUGGUUUGCCUUUGGAAUGAGGGACUGGAGGCCUCUUCUGCAAAUUCUCUCUGGUAUCAUGUUCGUCUACAUCCCCCUAUGGUGGUUCGUUCCAGAGUCUCCUCGAUGGCUUCUCACUCGGGGUAGAGUGGCGGAGGCAGAGGCCAUAAUGAGGGAUGCAGCCAGGAGAAACGGAGUGACUGCCCCAGAGGUCAUCUUCAAAGAGCAACAGGUUGAAAAAAGUGAUACCGGUAAUACAAAGAGUUACAAUAUGUUGGACAUAUUGAGAAUCAGUAAAGUGAGGACCACUACUUUCUUGUGCCUGUUGUUGUGGUUGUCCACAAACAUGGGAUACUAUGGACUGUCUUUGAACACCUCCAAUCUAAGUGGCGAUCCAUACCUCAAUUGCUUUCUGUCAGCUCUUUCGGAAGUUCCUGCCUAUAUUGUAUCUUCCAUACUUCUAAAGACCUGUCCAAGGAGACCUCUUCUCACAGUGUUUCUAUUCAUCGGAGGAGGCUUUCUUCUCUUGAUUCAGCUAAUCCCAGACAAUUUGCAUGGCCUUGCAAUAGCCCUGGAAAUGUUAGGGAAGUUUGCCUUCACCAUGUCCUUCACUGUGGUGUAUGCCUACACCGCAGAAAUCUACCCCACGGUGCUGAGAAACGUAGGAAUGGGGAUGUGCUCGUCAGCGGCUCGCAUCGGCAGUAUCACCGCACCUUUCAUCAUUUACAUGGGCACCAUCAACAAGUACCUCCCCUACAUCCUGAUUGGGAGCAUGACGUUGGGCUCGUCAGUGGUGAACCUGUUCCUACCGGAGACGUUCGGCCGAGAGCUUCCUGAGUCGGUGGAGCAUAUGCAGAAGUGCAGAGGGUUGUGUCAACAAAGGAAGAGCGCAGACAACUGCCCUGAAGCAGGCGACGCUGACAAAUGUGCUGUUCUGAAUCAGUCCAAACUGUAAUCACUGGCCCACUGCUAACCUGGCAUCACAGGCUAACCUGCUAACACUGCUAACCUGGCAUCACCUGGUCGCCUCCCCUACUCAGGAAAUGAGAAAUUCGUUGCAGUUGCAGAACGCACUUCAAGCAAAAGAAGCAUUAUGUUUUGCAAACAAAAACAUUGGAGAUUGAACUAUGACCUUCUUUGAUCUUCGGUAUAAA